AUGGCCGCGCAGGAAGACAAUCGGGCGGCAGAGAGUGAUGUCCCUCCUGGCUUGCCUCUCAAUCUCCGUGAUCACAAACGCGCAAUAUCUUUGACUUGGGGAUUCAUAUUGCUCACGUCUUGUAUUCUACCGUUGGUCCUUUUUCCAAGUUUACACUGGGGGGCGAAUUUAAGUCUCAAGAUUUCCCUGAGUUUAUCCAGCGCCAUUCUAGGAGUGUCGACUGUGUAUUCGCUGGGAUUGCGAACAUGGCGACUUGUCAAAGCGGACUCAAAUUGCCGUCCCCUCAAAUCACAAAGUCGUUGGAACUUUGAUUUCUUCCAUUGGAACUACCUUUUGGGCUUUGUCCUCGUCACACUGAUUAUUAUCAUUGGCUUGACGAGGGAGACUCCCAGUGUCCGGAUGACGUCUUUGCCUCCCUCUCUUCUGCUUGUUCAAGUCGGCUCGACCCUGGUUAUCACCGGAAUUCUGGCCAAACUUCAUGUACACCAGCCAUUCCCGGUCUCUUCCACUCCCGCCGGUGCCGUGUUCCGUCCAGGUAUCUUGGUCAUCAUUGAAGAUGUCGUUGCUGUAGAUGGCGGCAGAGAUAGGCGGUAUCGCUCAGCAUUGAUGGCACGGUAUACCGCCAGCGAGCGGUUCCAGCGCCUCAUUGCGGAUCUGAACUGGUUCUGGGGACUGGGUGGAAUGUGUAUGGGUGUUCUCAUGAUAGCUGUACUUGCUUCAGUUCGCGACCGGACCUUUGCUUUUGGGCUGGGGUGGACUAUUCCGUGGAUAUGGACUGGCACCUGGGCCAUCAUUACGACUUACUGGGCCAAGUCUGCGCUGAGGGAAGAGAAACGUACCUGGGCUGAGAGCAAGGGCACUGUGUGA